AUGGCUCCCUUUCAUGCAUUAUAUGGUCGUCCUUGUCAGACUCCCUUGAGUUGGGACCAAUUAGAGGAUAGAGUGCAUUUGGGUCCGGAUAUGCUUAGAGAUAUGGAGCAGCAGGUGGUGAGCAUCAGAGAGCAAUUAGUGGCGACGCAGGAUUGGCAAAAUAAGUAUGUCGACGUGCAUAGGGUGGAUCGUCAGUUCUCGAUCGAUGAUCGAGUAUUUCUACGUGUACAUCUAUGGAAGAGUCCAAUCCGUUACAGGAAGGGCUCUAAUCUUGCACUGAGUUUUGUUGGCUCGUUUGAGAUUCUAGAGAGGAUUUGCCCUAUUGCCUAUCGAUUGUCGUUGUUGCCUAGUCUCUCAUGCAUUCAUGAUGUUUUCCAUGUUUUAAUUCUUCAUCAAUAUCAUCCUAAUAUUUCUCACAUUCUUGAUUGGACUGCUCUACUGGUCGAGGAUGGGCAGCUAGCUCUAGAGCCCGUGGGCGUUCUGGAGCACAGGCAUCAGGUUCUCAGAGGUAGAGAUAUUGAGUAG